AUUUCCAAUUGUUCCUGUAGGAAAACACAGCAGUGAACAAUUACGUGACUCCAGCACCAGCAUCUGGUAUGAAGUCUAAAAUUGUUGUCAGACAGCGCCGAUCUCCGCGCAACCUACUUCCACGUUCAGCAAAACAGCUCGAAGCGCCCGUAGGAACUUUAAACAUCUACAAUACGUCAAACAAAAAGAAAUGCACGAUGUGUAUCUCAAACAACCACGUAACUGUCUUAGUAAAGUACGCAAGCUUAAUGCGAAGAGCCAAUGCAAACCGCCAUAGACAGGCUAACUAACGAAUGGCAACUGCGUCGCGGUAUUAUUAACCCUUUAAGCAGUGGAUUAUUUUAACACAAAUGCUCACAACACACACAGAAAAUACAAUAUAACAACACAGUCGUCCGCUGUACUCAUGCAUAUAUUCUUUAUCCUCUGUGAAAAAUUACGAAUAUUACUGCAGCUUACUGAGUCAUUAGUUAUGAAACUCUUCUUCAUUUGCGUUUGUAUUAUAGUGCACACACCAAAAGCAGCACAAUGUGGGCCUGGGACGGAAUAAUGGCGCUUAUAUUCAGUUCAAACGUGAAAAGACGAUUUGAGGUGCGAGCGUGGUCGUGGAAUGAAUUAAAGCGACAAAACCUCACAUUUCCGCAAUAUCGUACACACAGAUGGAUACGUUCCACAAAAACUAAAUAAUAUGCAAAACCACAUUGCCGUGCACUAUUGGAUGGAACACCGGCCUUUUUUACCCGAGAUCCAGGAAAAUUGCCAAAACGCCCCUUUACUCAGUACUCGGCCAAAGGCGGGAAAUUGCUCCAACUGUCGUUGAGCCGGCAAACCGUUGCGUUCCGUGUGUUUCAUUUUAUUGUAACGUGUGUGUGUGUGUGUGUUUUAGGUGGGGGGUCACACCAGCAUGAUGCGCUACGACGACCACACGGUUUGCAAGCCUCUGAUCAGCAGGGAGCAGCGCUUUUAUGAAUCUCUGCCUCCGGAGAUGAAGGAGUUCACCCCCGAGUACAAAGUAACCCGGCCGAGCUGAAGAGUCCGAAGUCGGAGCAGAAGAUCCACCCGGACCUGCCCUUCCAGAUGCUGGACUGGAACAGCGGGCUGAGCUCGGAGAAGAUCGGCCACAACCCCUGGAGCCUCCGCUGCCACAAGCAGCAGCUCAGCCGCAUGCGCUCCGAGUCCAAAGACCGCAAGCUCUUCAAGUUCCUGUUGCUGGAGAACGUGGUCCACCACUUCUCCUACCCGUGCAUCCUCGACCUGAAGAUGGGCACCCGGCAGCACGGCGACGACGCCUCCGAGGAGAAGGCGGCCAGGCAGAUGAAGAAGUGCGAGCAGAGCACCUCGGCGACGCUGGGGGUGCGCCUGUGCGGCAUGCAGGUGUACCAGCUGAACACGGGCCACUACCUCUGCCGGAACAAGUACUACGGGCGCGGCCUGUCCGCCGAGGGAUUCGGCCAGGCCCUGCAGCAGUACAUGCACAACGGGCGGGGCCUGAGGCGGGACCUCUUCGAGCCCAUCCUCCACAAGCUGCGCAGCCUCAAGGCGGUGCUGGAGCGCCAGGCGUCCUACCGCUUCUACUCGUCCUCGCUGCUCAUCAUCUACGAGGGAAAGAAACCCGAGUCUCCUGCUGGUUUGAACUCUGGGCAGCUUGUCAGCAGGCAGAGGACUCCCGGGCCCCCCGAGGAGUCCCACUGCGGUAAUCCCGGACCCCUCGCGCUCCCACCGCCUGCACCUACGGCAGGCGACACCCCCCGCGCCGACGACCCUCCGUCCCAUCCGGACUCCUCUUCCUGCCCUGCGCCCGCCUUGUCCCCCCGGCCUCCGCCCCCCUCGGCCCCCUCGCCCCAGCAGAAGCGGCAGCCCCCCCUGGUGGACGUUCGCAUGAUCGACUUCGCCCACUCCACCUUCAAGGGUUUCCGUGGCGACACGGCGAUCCACGAAGGGCCCGACCGAGGCUACGUGCUGGGCCUGGAGAGCCUGAUCAGGAUCCUAGAAGGUCUGCGGGCCGAAAGCCUGCAGUGAACACUCGGGACGAAAUACGGAAGUUGACGUUUCCAUCCCACACCGCACCACCACCACCACAACCACCACACACUCUACACCUUGCAGUGUCGCCAUGGCAACACCUGUUACUAUAACAACAGCCAGGAUGCGGGACGGUGGCAAGUGGACAAACUCUUGAGGCUCAAUGUGCGCGCGCGCGCUCACACACACACUCAAACAAACCCCUUUUACACUGCCUCUGACGCGACAAUUUUGCGGAAGAAUGAAAGAAGCUGGAUUUUUUUCUGCCUGUUUUGUAUAAACAGCCCCAACCUCGCCUGGCAAUUUUCAGCCUUCAGGGUUAGUAGCAGAGCUGUUUAUUCAAAAAAUAAAAAAUGCCGGGCCAGUGGAACGAGGAUGUGAAUCUUCACCCACUCGGCACAGACGGCUGUUGACAUAUCCCGUUUUUUGGGAGUGCGGAUAAAUUCGGGAUCUGCUGUUACGUUUUUGCGAUUUCUCAGUGGGGGGGGGGGGAAAAGCCCCUUUCACACAGCCAGCCUUUUUGACAGGGGUGUGAAUUUUUACAGCCGACACUCACUUCUCCCGCCUGAUUGUCGCUGCCAGAUGCUUGGCGACGAAGUCGUCUAACCAUCUGAUUGUGGGUUAGCGUGUGGCGUUGUCACAUUUAUCCCGCUUUGAAAUUUUGAAUGGCUUCGGCCGUUUUGCGAGACCUUAACCCUUUCGCACAGAUGCGCUCGGAUGGGGACACGGAAUAGGGCGACGAAGGCGACCCUCGAAUUUUCCAUCUUUCGAGGUAGUACCAAAGGUAGAGCGGACAGUAUGUGUAAUUAUUAUUAUUUUAUUUUUUUGCGGGAAGCCGUGUCGUGGCGAGUUCUGUGUGAAAGCCACAGGCAGAUACGGUGUCCAAUCUUCUGUUACCGUUUUUCUUCGGAUCCCUGCGUGAAAUGGCGGUCAGUGCUGUCAAUCAAAUUCCUCUUGGAAAUGUUGCAGGGGGCAUCUUUUAAAGCGAUAGCCUUUCUGUUUUUUGUUUUUUUCUUGCUUUUUCUUCAGCAGGGCAGAAGGGCAACAUCGUCCUCCCCGGGGACGCCAAUGCGCAGGUGCACCCGACGAGUAGACCUCGUGGCGAGUUCUGUGCUUUGUGCUCGUUUUAAAAGAUGAAUAAUUGUCACUAGUUUGUGUCAUUGAGAAACAUUACGCUCAUGAUUCCUUUUCUAGUCGCGUUUUCCAUCCUGCCGCACAUAAAUGUGCACUUUGUGUAGUAUUCCCUGCUGGUGGAUGUCGUUUUAUUUACAGUAUAGCCAUCUACUCUCCAAUUUACUCAUUUUACACAUUUAAAAAAUGUUUAAAAAAAAAAAAAAAAAAAAAGCACAUCACCGGUGUAAAAAUCCUCUUUAAAAUGUGUCAUUUUAUUGUUGGCUGAUCUUAUCGGACCUGCCAAUUCUCUCAGUCACGUACACGCCCCCGCUUGAAACAACAUUUCCUGGUCUUGUCAUCACGCGCUCGUCUCUGGGACCAAUCAGAUGUGAGCAUCUGAGGCCAUACACGCGCUUGGUGGCCCCCAAUAAAAAAAAUUAAAAAAAAAAAAAAAGGCAAAUGUUUUAUUUUUGGGGGUUUAUUGAGGUGAUAAUUUAUUUUUUUAUUGUACCUUUUACCUGCCUGGUUGAAUGUCUUUUACGUGUCUCUCCCAAAGUGUUAAAAAAAGAGAUGAUAUACUCACAGAGUAACAUUUGAGGGGACUAUUUAGCAGUAUUCUUUUAUUCGUACUGGUCUGACACUCCAUCCAAACACUGACUGUGCGUGUGUUUGUCGUGUCCCAUCCCCUUCUGAACGCAGGCUCGGGCAGCAUUUGAUGCACUUGUAAAAACAGUCCGUUGGUUUCUUGUGGCCCUCGUAGGACCUUUUGGAAGGGCCGAGGCCCCCCACCCCGCUUUCAGGCGUCGCAUGAGCCGCCCUCCCCUACACACCUGGAUGUUGUCAUGGAUAUAUAUUACUUGCAUUUAUUUUCUACAGCUGACACAAUCCCUAACUGUUUGGUAGAACAGUGACAGUGAGAUUAAAACUUUCCAGAUGG